UUUAUUUAUAGUCGAGUAUUGAACGUACUGCCGCUCUACAGGCGGCGGCGCGGACAUCAGCUGAUCCGUGUAAACAAAACGCGAGUCGCUAUUACUUUCCCGGUAAUAGCGACUAAUUCUCUAUUUACUUCAGCACUUUGCUCACUUUCUGGGACCGAAUGUAAAAAAGGGUCGACCCCCUUUAUUUAGUAAACAAAGAAGGUUUAUUAUUGUUUAGAAAAAUGAGAAUAGGCCGGUCGAUUGGCAUGUCCCGUUAACGAACGCGCGCUACCUACGUGACGUAUAAAGCGUGGGCUGCCCCACCAGCGCGCCAUUAGUACAGCGCCCGCGCGCGCGAUUACACGUAUCCGCUGACUCCAGCUCCGCGCUCGCUCUCUCGACUCUAUGUGUAUACAAGCUGAUCAAGAAAAAUGCAUUUCUGUAUUCAAAUGCACGAUUGGUUUUACCAAGAUUCAACGGUCACGACGGUGGACUCUGCCAGCUCCGCAGCACGGCGGCGCAAGCCGCGCGAUCGACGCCGCCCCUCGGCCUCGUCGCCGCCGCCGUCGACGCCGCCGAGGAUCUCUCCUGAAGAACUAGCAGAAGCACUCCGCCCGCAUAUCCUCUCGCCGAAGCGCAUGUGGGCCCUCGGCUAUCCGCUUGAACUCGAGCCGAACUCUACCAAAGCUGUGGUGUAUAUCAAUCCGCCGCCUCGACCUAGACCUCAGUUUACUUCUUGGGAUGUAAACGCUCCCGUGUUUGUGCCUGGUGGAUCGCAAAGUGACAGUGGUAGGGGUUCGUGGGGUUCAACUCCGCGUUCGGACAGUGACGAAGAAGUGGAUCAUAUUGCAUGUGCAGAACAUUUGUGUGUGCGUUGUGAUAAAAAUUUUAAAAUAACUUCCGACGGCGAAUAUGUGUUCGAGGACCCCUGCGUCUACCAUUGGGGUCGCGUGAGUGAAAGCCGAUAUGUGUGCUGCAAUGGACCUUACGGCUCCACGGGUUGUGUUGUCGGCCGGUGUCACGUAUGGAACGGCACCAAGCCGGGCAUGAACGGCCCCCUCGAAGGAUAUGUGCGUGCCCGCUCGCCUCGCGGCGGAGUGUACGCGAUCGACGCCGAGAUGUGUUACACCACCGCCGGACUGGAGCUGGCUAGUAUCGCGGUCAUAGCAGCCGAUGGCCGACUUGUAUACAGAUCUCUAGUGAAACCGAGCUCGCCUGUUGUGGAUCUUAACACUCGUUUCUCGGGCAUCAGGCCGCGCGACUUGGCGCGCGCGACUAAGACGCUACGAGAUGUGCAGAAUGACAUAUUGGGCUUCGUGGGCACUGACACGAUUUUGAUUGGACACGCACUGGACAAUGACUUGCGAGCGUUGAAGUUGCUUCACGGCGCAGUGGUGGAUACUUGUGCGUUAUAUCCUCAUGCUAGAGGGUUCCCGCUGCGUCGCUCCUUGCGCACGCUUACCGAGGAGCUUCUGGGUCGCUCGGUGCAGCGCGGGAGCAGCGGCCACUCGCCACUGGAAGACGCGCGCGCGGCUCUAGACCUGGUCCUGCUAAAGGUCCAGAACGAGCGCUCCCGCCCGCGCGCCGCCCACCACCAGCUGCCCGUGCUGCAGCCCUACGACCCCCUGGUCAGUGCCGCCUAACUAACGAGUGAUAAAUAAGUAAUGACGACUGUUCAAUGGACAUGAACUAUGAUUACAUACAUAAUGUUGAUUGUUUAAUUCGCGUGAACGGACUAUGCUAAUGACAUAAUAUCAUUACGUUGACGGAGUGCGCGUACAAACAGUAUGUGCCUCUGAAUUGCGACAUGGCAAUAAACGUGAUAUUUUUUUAAACAAUCUUGUCAACUUAUUUAUCCUAUUUCCCACCGUGUUUAAUUGUAAGUGAAAUCUAGUUUGUAAGAUAGUUUUAAGUUAGAUGUUAGAUGAAUAAUUGUAUGAAUUGUUUCAUUGCAUGAAUUUCACAUUUGAAUCUAUGA